UUGUGAAGGAUCAUGUGAUAAAACCUGGGAUUUUGAUUGAUCAUUAUAUUUGCAAAACUACUUGCAUAUGGUCAACCACUCAUAGAAAUCGCGUUUGUAAGGCUUGUAUGGUUGAGCAUUGAGAACUGAAUGCAAACAACGCUAACGUUCCGGUUCUCCUUGAAUCGUUCAAAUUAAAUAAGACUUUCUCGAUGUGUAGUGUCUGAUGCGCUCCAGGCCUCGGCCUACACCGCACAGAGCUUCAAUGAAGUCAACUCUCAGUCAAAACAAUACCGGGGGAGAUCAUGCAAAGUCCCCGCAGAUGCCUACGUAUUCCAGCCAUGCCCGAGUUGAGCACAGGCGUUGACAUCAUUGAAGCAGAUGUGUCCAGCAAAGAAUCUCUGUCCAUCAUGUGCCAACAGGGUCUGGUUAUUCUCAACUGUGUGGGUCCGUACAGGUUUUAUGGAGAGCCGGUGGUCGCAGCAUGUGUGGAAAACGGAGCUCACUACAUUGACAUAUGUGGAGAACCUCAGUUCCUGGAGCGCAUGCAGCUGGACUACCACGCUAAGGCACUGGAGAGAGGAGUGUAUGUAAUUGGCAGCUGCGGCUUUGAUUCCAUACCAGCAGAUCUGGGAAUUCUCUAUACUCAGAGCAACUUUAAAGGGACACUGACAGCUGUGGAAAGCUUCCUAACAAUAAGCAGUGGCCCUGAGGGCUCAUGCGGUCAUGAUGCAACUUGGCAGUCGGCCGUGUACGGCUUUGCAGAUAGUAGCGCUCUUCACAAGCUGAGGAGGAAGUUUGGCCACAAGCCGCUACCUGUGGUGGGAACCAAAGUCCGCCCGAGAGGUUUUGUUUUUUUUAGCAAGGAGAUUGUGCAGUAUGCCAUCCCUUUCAUGGGUUCCGACCCCUCUGUAGUCAAGAGAACACAACGUUUCCUUUACCAGGAGGAAUGUCGCUCACCAGUCCAGUAUUUUGCAUAUGUUGGGGUAGGUGGUCUCUGGUCAGUUGCCAAGCUUUUUUGUGGUGGACUGCUCUUCUGGAUCAUGGUCAAAUUCAGCAUAGGCAGGAAACUCCUCACCACGUUUCCCAGGUUUUUUUCCUUUGGCUUAUUCAGUAAGGCUGGUCCAACAAUUAACCAGAUUGAGGACACCUGCUUCAACAUGAUGUUUUUCGGAGAGGGAUACUCAGAGGGCACAGACCCCCUACAGGGACCACCCAAUGCCAAGAUCUGCACUGAAGUUAUGGGAGCAGAGCCUGGUUAUGUGGCCACUGUGAUUGCUAUGGUACAGGCAGCAGUUACUGUGCUGAAAGAAAAACACUCCCUUCCCAGGAGGGGAGGCGUAUACACACCAGGAAGUGCCUUCUACAAAACCAGUCUCAUCGACCGCCUUCAUAACCACGGCUUCAAGUUCUCGGUGAGAAGCUAUGAGGAACCCGCUAAACCAUAGGCACUUUAUUAUUUGUGCCUGUUCUGCUGGACCUGUCAAAAAUGAGUGUAGCAGUAAUUCUGAAUCAUGGAAAUGACACAAACACACUCAAAGGGACUACUGCAACCAGCCAUGCCUUUGCAGGCUUUUCUUUCAGUCAGUGUUGGUAGAAAUAUAAAACCUGCAUCUAAAAAAUAAGACUUAUUAGGAUUUGUUUGAGGAAAAAUUGACAGCCAUAGCACUGUUAAUGUCCGGAAGCAGGUUCUAAACUGCUUUUGCUGUUUUCUUUGCAGGUACAAUAUCCAUGUUCACAUAUUGCAUGUAAUCACUUGUGAGUCAUGAGUCUGUGCAGCUGUGUCCAAUGAGGCACCAUGUUUUAAUUCAGGAAAAUGUUGCAUUUAUGGUGUAAAAUAGUAAAUUCCAUUUAACUAAAAACAACACUAUUGUUAUGCAUGACUGAAAUGCCAGAAUAGUUACAUUGUAAAGAAUACAAUCUUUUUGUCAAGUCUUGAAAAGUAUUUGGAGAUUAGAAUAAAAUCUGCUUUUUUCCCCCCUCAGUAAUGUCUUCAUGACUCAUUGCUGGCUGUCUUUUUCAUGUUUCACGUUCAUGAAACAAGUGAAAUUGCUGUUCACUGUGAUUAUAUGUUCAAUUGUGCCUUACAUCUGGUCUAGAACGAAUUUUUAAUUUUGUCUUCAGAGUCUAGUAAUCAAUGAUCUUCUGAGCUCAGUUGAGUUCUGGUUACUCUCCCUCUGGCCACUGAAACUUGUCGGCUCAAUAAUAUACAGUACUAUACUUGAAGAUAAUAGCUUGAACGAAAUGUGUGACUGGAUGACAUAAAGAAAAAAAAAAGUGAAACUGAUUGUCAAACCCAAGGUCCAGGGACCAGAUUCGGACUACCAUAUCAUUAUGUGUGGCGUGCGAAAGCAAAUCAUGUCUGUCAACUGUAAUAAUUCUUUCUCAAAUUUAUUCCAAAAUACAAAAUUGUUGUCACAAUAAAUAAUGAGAUAGUGCAAGUAGUGUUUUCAUUACCAAAACCCUUUGAGAGUAACAUGAACAAUUCCUGAAUAAACUAUUAUCCUUGACUUCUGAUUUCAAAAGUGAUUUUCCAUCAGUUAGAUGUCUAUGUAUUACAAGAUUAAUGUGAGGCAAUCAAUCAUUUAUGGUACAUGUUUUGACAGAGAUAACGUCCCUCUGAGGGAAAUCAUAACCACGACGUGAUACAUCGAUGUGUUAAUCCUGAUAUUUCCGAUUGGUCUGAUGAGGAACAAAUUAAGCAGCUAUUUGAUUUUGAUACAUUUGGAGUUGCAGGUUUUGUCUUUAGAGAGUGGAAAAGAAGACAAGAAAGAUCGUUUUUGACAUGACUUUUUGUUGCGCUUUGGUUCUGGAUGACUUUUGAUGUUUGGUGUUGUAUAAACCAUUGUACAGUUUUGAUGACCCGAGUUCAAUCCCGGUCCUCCCCCAUGUGUGGAGUUUGCAUGUUCUCUCCGUGCCUGCGUGGGUUUUCUCCGGGGACUCUGGUUUCCUCUCACAUCCCAAAAACAUGCAUCAUUAAUUGGACACCAUAAAUUGCCCAUAGGUGUGAUUGUGAGUGUGGCUGUCUCCAUGUGCCUCGCGAUUGGCUGGCAAUCAGUUCAGGGUGUAACCUGCCUCCUGCCCGUUGACAGCUGGGAUAGGCUCCAGCACUCCCGCGAGCUGCGUGAGGAUAAGCGGCUAAGAAAAUGGAUGGAUGGACGUUUUGUGAAGGUGAGAGGAAGCUGUAAUACUUACACAAAUACGGCAAAAGGCACAGGACAUGUAAACUCCACAAUGGAA